AUGGGCUGGAUUCCGGACGAGGGCAAGGGUCUUCCGCCGCCCGGCAUCGUCAACCGUAACUCGGUGUGGCUGGCCGUCGUGGGCUGGUGCACGGCCAUGCUCCAAAACGCCAUUAAUCACCGGCCGCCGCUAAAGUCAGGAGCUCAUCGGCAGGUCCUGUUGUCGACGAUCGGCUGGUUCAUCGGCUACCACGUGACCAAAAAGGAAAAUUACGUGCAUGCCAAACUGGACCGAGACAUGUUGGAGUACAUGAAACUGCACCCGGAUGACUUUGCCCCCAAGGAAAAGAAGACCUUUGCCGAGAUUGUCGAGCCUUUUAUUCCUGUGCGCUAA